UGGAGGCCGUGGGGAUAGGGCUGCUGGUUUCACACGCUUGGCCUCAACCCUUUUAUGCCUGGACUCAAACCCCGUUUUUCUGGGAGUGAGCGUGCUCGGCGUGGAGAGGACGCAGGGGGAUCGCAGCGCCCGGGGAGGGCAGGUGAUUCUGUGGAGACGGGCGCAGGGCGCAGGCGCACGGCGCCGCCGUUCCAGCCCGGCUGGGCGCUGGGUAUUGGGUGCCAGCCACCAGCAGGCUGGGCUCUGAGAUGGCCUCCCAACCGCCGUCCGCCCCCUUGUGCUCGGAAUCCCUGGAUGAUGACCGGAAGACAGUGUCCGAGCUGCGUAGAGUGAAGCUGCCGUUGAUGCCCUCCAGCGACCUUGAGCCCCUCUUCCGCAAGCUGCCGGCUGUGAUCAGGGCCUGUGGCCGCUUCAAGCUGUUGACUUUGGAGGCGCGCCAGAACCGGCUGCUGGCUCCCCUUGACCCCCUAGAGGUCAGCAAGGACUCUCCACCACCCGAGGAGCACCCGAAGUCUGAGAAGAGGUUCUGGGGCGACCAGGAGACCCUCUCCAAGAUCCCAUUUAAAAUUCUGAGGGGACACAAGGACCUUGUGAGCUCCUGUAGCUUCUGUGUGGAUGACACGAAGUUCCUCAGCUGUUCCCAUGACAGUACCCUGAAGCUGUGGGAUGCUGUGGAUGGCUUCGUUAUUCAGGAUUUCGAUCAUAAGCCCAAAGCUCCUGUCUUGGAGUGCAGCGUGACGGCUGACAGCAGAAGAAUUAUCACAGCGUCCUACGACAAAGCGGUGAAGGCUUGGGACCUUGAGACAGGCAAGCUGCUGUGGAAGAUCAAUUAUGAAACCUUCAUAGCCUCCUGCAAGGUUUCUCCUGAUGGCAAAUAUGUGGUCUCAGCCUUGGACGUGGACCGGGCCAUCUGUAUAAUGGAUGCAGAAAACGCCACCACCGUGUCAUACAUCAAAAAUCAUCACAACCGGUCUCUCACAGCAUGCUGCUUUGACCCCGACAGCCAGAAGGUGGCUUCUGUCUCACUGGACAAAAGCAUCAAGAUCUGGGAUAUUACAUCCCAGGCCACGCUGCUUACCAUCACCAAGGCACAUUCUGGUGCAAUCUCAAACUGCUGUUUUACCUUCAGUGGCCAUUUCCUGUGUACAAGCUCCUGGGAUAAAACCUUAAAAAUAUGGAAUGUCCAUACGGGGGAGUUUCGGAACUCUGGAGCCUGUGUGACUCUGAUGAAGGGCCAUGAAGGAUCUGUGAGCUCCUGCCACUUUUCCAGAGAUACCUCUGUUCUCGUGUCUGGAGGGUUCGACAGGACUGUGGCUAUCUGGGAUGUAGGAGAAGGCUACCAGAAGCUCUCCUUGAAGGGCCAUAGUGACUGGGUGACAGACGUUGCCAUUAGCAACAACAAGAAAUGGGUCCUGUCUGCUUCAAAGGACAAAACCAUGAGACUAUGGAAUAUUGAAGAAAUUGACGAAAUUCCUCUGGUAAUCAAGUGCAAAAAGGCCCUGGGCUUAAAGGCGAAACAGUGUGAAGUAUGCGACAGGCCUUUCUCCAACUAUGAAAGUGACAUCUUUUCUGAAACUGUCACCAAAUGUGUGUUCUGCCGGAUGGAUGCAAAAGGCUUGUUAACAGAGGCCUCAUCAUCAUUAGGAGGGGAAGACUCAUCGUCACAGGAGUGCAGCCUGACUGCCAAUGACUGAUGCUCACUGGGCUUGCUGACUGACUUGAGCACGGGUCCCCCGUGAAGCAGGUUUUGGGGCUCUGAAGGAACCUUUCUCUAUGGCUGGACCCAGCCCAGGUGAACGUGUCAGACUCAGCUCCACAGCCCCCUUGGGGAUCAAACACUGUUUUUAGAUUUCAUGCAGAAUAAAUCUCGAUUCCU